AGGAGGUUUAUAUCAUUCAUACUUUAUGCUAGAUGGCAGCGGUGCUGGAUAUGAAGUCCUAAAAUGGGCACUUAUUGUGCUCCUGGUCUUAUGCUCUGCGAUGUUCUCCGGCCUCACACUGGGGUUUCUAUCGCUUGAUAAAGUUGGUCUGGAGAUUGUCAAGGCAGGCGCUAACGUUAAGCAAGCUAAGUAUGCGAAAAGGAUAAUACCGAUACGGAAGGAUGGCAAUUUGUUGCUGUGCACUUUAUUAUUGGGAAAUGUUGCGGUGAAUUCGCUACUUUCUAUUAUUAUGGCCGACAUCACUGGUGGCCUUUUGGGCUUCGUCAUUUCAACUGCAAUUAUCCUGCUUUUCGGCGAGAUACUGCCGCAGGCGCUGUGUUCGCGAUAUUCUCUGAAAAUUGGCGGAUUUGCGGUUCCGGUAGUGCGAGUUUGCAUUGUCCUGCUAUAUCCGAUCGCUAAGCCUAUAGCAUUGACGUUAGAUUGUAUCCUGGGCCGUGAUGUUGGUACUAUACAUUCACGCUCGGAGUUAUUGAAAUUGUUGGCGAUUCAUGUCGAUGAGAAAGCCCUAGAUGACGAGACUGGCAAAGUGAUGCAAGGAGCUUUGAAGACUCUGCAUGAGAUGAAGGUCUCUCAGAUUAUGACUCCAGUUGAAGAUGUGUUUAUGCUACCUAUAGAAGCAGUUUUGGACUAUAAGACUGUUACGCAGAUUUUCCAAUGUGGAUUCUCCCGUAUACCGGUCUACAGCGGGACGAUGAACAACAUCGUUGGGGUGCUCUUCACGAAAGACCUCAUUCUUGUGGAUCCGGACGACGCUACUCCACUAUCAGCAUUCCUGCAGAUCUUUGCUCGCUCUAUGGAAGUGCUUGAGGAGAAUCAGAGUGUUAGCAGUGCGUUCAGAAGGUUCAGAUCGGGUGGUAGUCAUAUGGGAUUGGUCAGAAAGGUUGCACCGGCAGACACUGGACGGUCUGCUAAGCGAAGUUUAAAAGGCUCUCCUGCUCUACAUAAAUACAACAGUGGAGGAACGAAUACUACCCAAUCCUCGAGCAUGAUGGAGAACGGCCGUGAUGAUCCUGAUAUCGAGCUCGUUGGGGUGCUCACUUUGGAAGAUAUUGUGGAGGAAAUAAUACAAGAAGAGAUUAUAGACGAAACUGAUGUAUACGUAGAUGUCGAUAAUCGUGUUGAAGUUCCUGGUGACCGCUCGGGCCUCAAUGAGCAGCGUCUUCGCUUACUCAAUGCACAGCUGCUAGAGGAGCCGUUGACCGCUGAUGAGAUAAGAGCUCUAUCUCUCCAUUUGUUGCAUAAUCAGCCGAGUUUAUCGCAGCAUCUGGACGAAAAAAGUGUGGAGUGGAUGCUGCAAAAUGCUGAGGUGCAUACUUAUGACAAUCAACAUCUUAGUAAGAUGAGACUACUCGAUACGAACGCAGCUAUACGAAUAGAAAGCACGCUAGGCCAGGGUAGUGGUGGCAAUUCUCCUCGCUCUUUUGAAGGGGACGAUUUGUGUAUCUACCACCGAGGAGUGGAGACGGAUGUUUGCUGUAUAGUUCUUACAGGCCGACUUGCAGUACUUGCUGGUCAUGAUAAAUUCAGAUCUGAGGCCGGCGCGUUCUCUGUGUUGGCGGUAGAAGCGCUCCUUGACAACGGAUACACUCCCGACUUUUCCGCUCGAGUCGGCAGUGAAAAAGUACGAUGUAUUAUGAUUAGUCGUCCGGUAUAUAAUGAAGCAGUGAAAUACAAGCAGACAGGUUUGUUGCCAUUAUCGAUACCAACACUCCGACAACCAAGACUUCUCGAGAAGGCAGGACCAAGAGCUUCUUCUAUCAAGGUGCAAGGCCGAGGAGCUUAUGCUCAACAGCUUAUUCGACAGCAGCAGAGGAUACUCCUAAGCCAACAUUUCGUCCGAAAACGCAGCAGUGUCCUAAAUGAGCGACCAGCAGUGAGACGGAGUAGCUCUGCUGAUAAUUUGGUGAGAGAAGAAGUGAAAAACGAGGAAGAGAUAGAUUCGAAACACAGAGCAGCAGAAGACACUCGCAGCAUGGACGGAUUAUGACGGUGAUUAGUGUGACAUCGUCUUGGUAAAAUUUGUCGAGCUCAUCAGUUGCUCAUAUGCAGCUGGCUCCGAUUUUGUUAUGGUAUUGGUAUGAUACCGUACUUUUGCUAUGAACAUUUAAACUCAUCGUCAAUCUCGUACGUCUGUCA